CUCAACACGUGGAUCAGGCAGACUUCUGCACAUGUGGAUCAGGGACAUUGUGCCCAUACACUCACAGGUCAGAUGUCAUUAAUUAUGGACCCUGACAUGAACAAAACCAGUGUUAACGCAACUCUCAUUACCCCAAGUGGUGAACCCAAUGUUAUUCUUGAUAUAAUACUUUACGUGUUGCUGAUUAUUGUGAUGUUUUCUUUGGGAUGCACAGCAGAUGACAGGAAUCUACGCCUCAAUUUCAAGAGACCUUGUGGAUUAAUAAUCGGAUUGUGCUGUCAGUUUGGAAUUAUGCCUCUUUCUACUUUCCUACUUGCUUUUCUGUCGAAGUUCAAACCCAGUCAUGCAGUGGCCAUUAUCAUUGUAGGUUGUUGUCCUGGAGGUAUGGCCUCAAAUAUGGCCUCAUACUGGGUGGACGGUGACAUGGAUCUUAGCUUGUGCAUGACAGUGACAUCUGUGCUCCUCUCAGUUAUAAUGAUGCCCUUGAACCUCUACAUCUACUCAAUUCCUUGGACUCAUAUUGGAAGCAUCACCAUUCCAUAUAAAAAUCUGGGAUUUAUGCUGUUGUUGGUUUUGAUUCCUGUUUGCGUUGGGAUCUUCACAAGACGCCUCAUUGCUAAAAAAGCAGAAAUAAUUGUGAAGGUUGGCUUCAUCGUGGGCACCUUGGCGAUGAUUUUAUUUUUUGGUGCUGCAGUGAUUGAUGGACAGAUGUGGAACAUAAGUGCAUCGGUGAUCUGUGCUGGGUUCUUGUCUCCUUGCAUUGGCUACAGCCUUGGAUUUCUUUUCGCAAGACUUUCACGGCAGUCUUGGACAAGAUGUCGGACCAUCUGCUUGGAAACGGGCAUACAGAACACCUACAUGUGCGCUAUCUUUAUUGAAUUAUCCUUCUCUGGCCUGAUUCAGCAAGAAAUGAUGUCUUACAUCCUGAUUUACAUCUUUGCCUCUUAUGGAGUUGCCUUCCUAGUAAUAAAGGGUUACAUCAUUUAUAGCAAAUGCUUCAAAAAGCACAGAAGCCAACUCCCAGUUGUCAACGUGGAAGAAGUACAGAGUUACAAUGCUCACGAUCCUUUAAGAGAACAAUCCAGGCCUGGUAUGGAGGAGUAGUGAACUUUGACAGUUUUCCACGUUUGUCUCGCACAAUCAUGCAGAUGUGUUGAUCACUUUCCACUCUCUGAAAAAUGCAGAGGUCUUGUUUUCAUUUUGAUUUUAUGUUCACUAUCUUGAGCAGUAUGGAGGCAUAGUGGUUACCACCAGUACUUUGCAGGCCCAAUUUCCUGGGCUUGAAUCCUGGAUCUGGUCGUUGUCUAUGUGGAGUUUGCAUUUUUUUUUCUUGUGUUUGUGUGGGUUAUUUUGUCCAGCAGUCCCCAAGGUUAAUUAACAAUUCUAAAUUGGCUUCGUGUGGAUGUCUUUGAUAGACUGUCGUCCUGUCCAUCUCUGCUGGGAUGGCCCUAAGGCAACCUCAACCCUGAAUGUGGGUUUGAGAAUAUUAUUUUAUGUUAACUACAAACUAUAUGCAUCCCUACAGAUUUUCUUUUUUUCUCCAGCCGUCUGGAGUUUUUUUGUUUUUUCUG